AUGCAUAAACAACAUAGUGAUCAAGUUAAAUCAAUUGUUGAUUUAGCAAACGAGGAAAAAAAAAUAUUAAGCGAACAUCUUGAAAAAAUUGAAAAAUUCGAAGUUGACUUUACGAAUGAACAGAGUCAAUUACAACAAGCACUCAAAAAUAUUGACAUCAGUGAAGAUAAAAGUAGUCAAUAUAUUGACACGGAAUUUGAUCGGAUUAUAGUUUGUUUUCAAGACAGACGAAAAAUAUAUCGUGAUAAUAUUUAUUUGAGACAAGAUAAUCUCAAAAAUAUAAAUUCAAGUUUAAACAAAUGUUUAGAAGAAGGACGGUGCGUAUUAACACUCAACGAUUUUGCUGCGUUAGCUCAGUCCAAAGCAAUUAUCGAAAAGAUGAAUAAUCUCGAAGUUGAAAGCGUUGAAUAUCAACAUCAAACUCAAUUGACUGACUCGGUGCAAGUUGAUAUUUCGAUUCAGAAAAUUUUCGAAAUGAUCAGUACUUUUGGAACCAUUUGGAAACCACCUACACCAUCAUUUGUUGAGCAUAAGUGUAAAGCAAACGUUGUUGACUUCGAUAUUAAAUGGGAACCAAUUGAAUCUAAUCCAUCUAUAACUGCUUAUGUCUAUCGUGGCUUGGAAACAAAAUAUCUUCUUCAAGAUUUAAAACCAAGCACAUCUUAUAUAUUGCGUUUAUAUGCAUGUAAUAGAAAUACAUUUGGAGAUGCUGCUCAUUUGGAAAUGACAACAUUAAAUCUUGAUUUGGACGAUUGGGUAUUAUCUAUGUCCUCUACAUACACAAAUCCACAGGUUCCUGUCGAAAAUACGCGUAAAUCACUGUUAGAUGGACAGUAUACAACAGGUGCUGGAACAAACUCUGGUAACGAAUGGAUUCAAGCCACAUUUCCAUAUCCUGUUCCAGUGGCCAGUGUAACAAUUGGACCACUACAGAAAAGUAACUGGGGGCCACAAUACGGUAAUGGCGGGACUUUGCAAUAUUCUUAUGAUAAUAAUAACUGGACGACUGUUGGAACAAUCGCGUAUGUGGCAAUGCAGCAACAAAAGAUCGAAAUUGGUAAAGUUACAGCUCAAUACUGGCGAUUAUUUCAUCAUAGCUGGCUUUGUACAAGUAGUUUUAUUUUUAAAGAAACAUGA